AUGGACAUCACAAGAAACAGCACUACCAAGCUCCAUCUUCAAACUCAGUCUUUGUUUCCUCCUAACAUGGAGAGAACUUUAGAUGUUGAGCCAAGAAUUAGCACAAACCCAUUUGCAGAAGAUUUCAUCAAAUCACUACCAAUUUCAUCAAACCAAACCAGUAUCAGCAGCAGUAGUGAGAUGGUGAAUGAAAGAAGACAGAGUUUCUCAUCACAAAAGAGCAUUGGAGAAGGAAGAAGCAGUGGACAGAGAAGAGUGAUGUUAAUGGAGUCUCCUUGCACUCCAGGCAGAGGUGUCUUCAGUUUCAGUAGCAGCCUCUCUGGGAGAAGAAGAAACUUCCCUUCUAAAUGGGAUGAUGCCGAGAAAUGGGUCACCUCCAGUCAUGAUUCUCCAGCACAUCCCCUCAAAACCAGUCACAUGUGUAAUAACUCCCACUUUGAUGGCUUCAAGAACCAUCAAACCCUUAAAGAUGUGCAACCGAUUCUUCCAUCAACAGAAGGGUUUAUAUUCAGAGAUCUCGAGGAAGAAGAAGAAGAAGCUCAAGUCCAACACAGAGACAUGGGAACAGAGAUGACACCAGUGGGAAGCGUAACGACUUCAAGAUGUCACACACCCUUCAAAAGCACGUCUCCAGCGAGACACAACACGCCUUCGAACAUGUCCGGACCGUUAACAGAAACCAAAAACGUUAUAGACAUCUCCGAGUUCGCAGACAAGUUAAGACUCAGUGGGUCAGCUGCGACUCAGUUUUAUAACUCGGUGACGAGUUAA